UCGGAGCCGGUGCGGUGCCGAACGCGGCCGCGGCGAGCCCGAGCAAUACGCACGCGGGAGCGCGGCUCCGCAGCUGGCGGCUCUAGGGAGCACUUCACGACCUGACCCGACCCGGAGAGCGACCCCCGCCCGGAGCGCGUUUCCUGGCCCCAAGCGCGCCCUCGCCCGUCCCGGCCGCCAGGCCCCGGGCAUGGACGGCGCCCGUUUGCUAUAGAUGGACGGCGAUGGCGGCCGCCUAGAUUCCCCUGGAGCUCAGAUGGAGGUCGGGCGCGGCGCGGGGCCCGCGGGCAUGGCGGAACCGGCGGCGGUGCCGCGGGCGCGGGCGGUGCGGCCCGGGCCACAGCGCUUCCUACGGCGCAGCGUGGUGGAGUCGGACCAGGAGGAACCACCGGGCCUGGAGUCUGCCGAGGCUCCGGGCGUGCAGCCCCCGCAGCCCCUGCAGCGCCGGGUGCUGCUGCUCUGCAAGACCCGCCGCCUCAUCGCCGAGCGCGCCCGUAACCGCCCCGCCGCCCCAGCGCCCACCGCGACCGCUGCGCCGCUGGGUGCCUCCAGUGACCCUGGCUCAGAGCCCACGGGUGUGCAGGAGCCGGGCCUGGACCCGGUUCCGGCGCCCGCCCCGGACGGCGGGCCUGGAGAGGAGGCGGCGUCAGUCAGGAAGGACGACGCGAGGGUGCCCGGGGAAAGGCCGGAGCCUGGGCGCGCACGCCGGGACGAGCCAGAGGAGGAGGAGGACGAUGAGGAUGACCUCAAGGCCGUGGCCACAUCCCUGGACGGCCGCUUCCUUAAGUUCGAUAUCGAGCUGGGCCGUGGCUCCUUCAAGACGGUGUACAAAGGGCUGGACACAGAGACCUGGGUGGAGGUGGCCUGGUGUGAGCUGCAGGACCGGAAGCUGACCAAGCUAGAGCGGCAGCGCUUCAAGGAGGAGGCUGAGAUGCUAAAGGGCCUGCAGCACCCCAACAUCGUGCGCUUCUAUGACUUCUGGGAGUCCAGUGCCAAGGGGAAGAGGUGCAUUGUGCUGGUGACUGAACUGAUGACCUCGGGGACACUGAAAACGUACCUGAAGCGGUUCAAGGUGAUGAAGCCCAAGGUGCUGCGUAGCUGGUGCCGGCAGAUACUGAAGGGGCUGCUGUUCCUGCACACCAGGACGCCCCCCAUCAUCCACCGGGAUCUCAAGUGUGAUAACAUCUUCAUCACUGGGCCCACCGGCUCUGUAAAGAUCGGUGACCUGGGCCUGGCGACCCUCAAGAGAGCGUCCUUUGCCAAGAGUGUGAUAGGCACCCCUGAGUUCAUGGCACCUGAGAUGUACGAGGAGCACUAUGAUGAGUCUGUGGAUGUCUACGCCUUCGGGAUGUGCAUGUUGGAGAUGGCCACCUCAGAGUACCCCUACUCAGAGUGCCAGAAUGCUGCACAGAUUUACCGGAAGGUCACCUGUGGCAUCAAGCCGGCCAGCUUUGAAAAAGUACAUGAUCCAGAAAUCAAGGAGAUUAUUGGGGAGUGUAUCUGCAAAAACAAGGAGGAGAGGUACCAGAUCAAGGACCUGCUCAGCCACGCCUUCUUCGCGGAGGACACGGGCGUGAGGGUGGAGCUGGCUGAGGAGGACCAUGGCAGGAAGUCCACCAUUGCCCUGCGGCUCUGGGUCGAGGACCCCAAGAAACUGAAGGGCAAGCCCAAGGACAAUGGGGCCAUAGAGUUUACCUUCGAUCUGGAGAGGGAGACGCCGGACGAUGUGGCACAGGAGAUGAUUGAGUCAGGUUUCUUCCAUGAGAGCGAUAUGAAGAUUGUGGCCAAGUCCAUCCGUGACCGCGUGGCAUUGAUCCAGUGGCGUCGGGAGAGGAUCUGGCCAGUGCUGCAGCCCCAGGAACACCAGGACCCAGGAAGCCCCGACAAGGCCAGGGGCCUGCAUGUGCCCCUGCAGGUCCAGGUGACCUACCACACCCAGACUGGGCCGCUGGAGCCCGAGGAGCCCGAGGCCGACCAGCACCUCCUCCCCACUGCGCUGCCGGCUAGCGCCACCUCUCUGGCCUCGGACAGCACGUUCGACAGCGGCCAGGGUUCCACCGUGUACUCGGACUCGCAGAGCAGCCAGCAGAGUGUGGUGUUGGGCUCACUGGCAGAUGCAGCACCACUCACCGCCCAGAGUGUGUGCAGUCCCCCCGUAAGCAUGAGCGAAGGGCCUGUCCUGCCGCACAGCCUGCCCUCGCUGGGGGCCUACCAGCAGCUGGCCACGACCGGCCUGUCAGUGGGCUCUGUCCCGCUCCCCACUCUUGCUCCGCUCCCACCGCAGCAUUUCCCGGAGCCAGCCAUGAGCUUUGCCCCUGUGCCAACUGGCUCAGGCCAGCCCAUGCCCUCAGGCCACCAGCCACCUACGCUGGCCCAGCCAGCACCUCUGCCACAGGUCCUGGGCCCAAAGCCUGUGGGUCCUCUCCAGUCGGUGCCCCCUCAUCUGCCUCCGUACCUGGCUCCGACCUCCCAGGUGGGCCCGGCUCAGCUGAAGCCCCUCCAGAUGCCACCAGUGCCCCUGCAGCCACUCACUCAAGUCCCUCCACAGAUGUCUCCACUUCCUGUCAUCCCACCGGUUGCUCCUCUGACCACAAUCGACAGCCUCCCUGGAGCCCUCUCCGACCUGCCGGCUGCGAGCGGGCCUGCCGUGCCUCCCCCAUCUCAAUAUUUCUCACCUACUGUGAUCUUGCCAAGUCUCCCGCUCAGUGCCGCUGCUCCCCUGCCCAUGUCGCCAGCCCUGCCUCUGCAGGCAGUGAAGCUGCCCCAUACCGCCGGGGCCCCACUGGCUAUGCCGUGCCAGACCCUUGUGCCAAAUGUGGCAGCUGCCACCACUGCCGUCCCUCUGCUGGCUGUGGCCCCACAGGGAGCGGCUACCCUGUCCAUCCAUCCUGCCGUGGCCCAGCUCCCGGCCCAGCCCGUGUACCAGGCAGCCUUUCCACAGAUGGUGCCCAGUGACAUCCCCCCUUCUCCCCUCCACACGGCACAGACUGUGAGGGCCACCCCUCUGCAGCCAGCGCCCCCCAUGCUGUCGCAGCCCCACCAGCCAACCAUCGCCCACCUUCCUGAGCAGACUGCUUCGGCCCCCAGGGUGGGGAGCCAGAUCCUGCUUGGCCACCCACCUUCAUAUGCAGUGGAUGCCACUGCCCAUGUACCCACAGUUCCUGCUCCUGCUGCCGUCCUCUCCCCACCUCUCCCAGAAGUGCUGGCGCCUGCCACCCCUGAGCUCCUGCCUCAGCUCCCCAGCUCCCUAGCUCCCACAGUGGUGGCUGCUUCCCAGGGCUUGCCUGUCCAGACCUCUGCGCUGCUGCCAUCUGGUAAACUGCCACUGACCAGUGGGCCUGGGAUCUCCAACUUCUGCCCAGCUGUCCAGUUGGCUGUGGAGUUGGCUCCAGAGGAGCAGGCCUCACAAGACAAGCAGUCUGGCCUCCUGCAGAGCUGUGAGAGCUAUGGAGGAUCUGAUGUCACUUCUGGAAGAGAACUGAGUGACAGCUGUGAAGGCACAUUUGGUGGGGGGAAGCUGGAAGGCAAGCCUGCCCGGAAACAUCACCGCAGAUCCACACGCAUGCGGUCCCGCCAGGAGAAGGCCAGCCGGCCCCGGCUGACCAUCCUGAAUGUGAGGAGACAGGUAUGCAACACAGGCGACAAGAUGGUGGAGUGCCAGCUGGAGACGCACAACCACAAGAUGGUGACAUUCAAGUUUGACCUGGAUGGGGAUGCACCUGACGAGAUUGCCACCUACAUGGUGGAGCAUGACUUCAUCCUGCAGGCUGAACGGGAGACAUUCAUCGAGCAGAUGAAGGAUGUCAUGGACAAAGCAGAGGACAUGCUCAGUGAAGACACAGAUGUGGACCGUGGCUCUGACCCUGGGGCAAGCCCACCACCUCUCAGUACCUGCAGCAUGGGUGCUGGAGAGGAGAGUCGCCAGUCCCAAGCAAACGCCCUGGUGUAUCAGCAGAAUGUCCUGCACACUGGAAAGAGGUGGUUUAUCAUCUGUCCAGUGGCUGAACAUCCAGCUGCAGAGGCUCCCGAAUCUUCGCCCCCACUUCCUCUGGGCUCCCUGCAGCCAGAAGCCAGCCCAGAUGCAGCACCAUGUAAAGACCAGUUGUCCUUGAAGGAAAAACCUGGCGUCCCAGCUGGUCUGCAUCUUCUGAACCAAGCAGGCUCCGAGGACACCCCUGGGGGCACACUGGCCCCUUUAGUGCCAUCUUCCCUUCCUGUGAAUGCUGUGCCCCAGGAUAUGGCUGCACCAGCUGCCAGCCCCAAGCCAGAACCAGCAAGGGGGGCAGCCAUGCAGGCAGGGGGCCCAGUGACCUCUCAGGGGAUGGCCAGUGAGUGUGAGACCCCCCAGCCACUGGCAGAGACUCAUGAUGAUGUCCAACUUGCUGCAAGGCUCCUGGACAUGCCCCGAGGGCUUUGUACCUCUCCUCCAGAGGUCCCUCAUUACCCCACAGGUCUCGCGGAGCCUGCCUCAGCCAGAGAGGCCAGCAUCCAGGUGGAGUCCCUGCCAGCUCAAAUCCCUGUGUCCAGUGCCUCUAGUGGGACCCCUCAGUCUGCCCUGGGCCAGUCCCUACCUCCACUCUCUAAUGCAGUGGGGGCCGUGAGCCUGGCUACCCCCCAGCUCCCAAGCCCCCCGCUAGGGCCCACCACCCUCCCCCAACCAUUGGAGUCGGAUGGGGAAGGGCCGCCUCCCAGAGUGGGCUUUGUGGACAGCACCAUCAAGAGCCUUGAUGAGAAGCUCCGAAAUCUGCUCUAUCAGGAGCAUGUGCCCACCUCCUCGGCCUCAGCCGGGACGCCGGUGGAGAUGAGUGACCGAGACUUCAUCCUGGAGCCCCCAAGAGGUGAUCGGCCCUAUACAGAGGCUUCCAGGGGGGACCUGGCCCUGCCUUCCCAGCUUGUGUUGGACAAGUCAGAACUGGUCCUUGGGCUAGAGGUGGCGUUGGAGCAGGCUGCAUCCUCACCAGUGACAGCAGCAACAUCUUUGAGCAACAUACUGGGGUCCGAUGAAGGACGGUUAGUCUCAGGUUCAUCUGCAGCACCCAGUGUCCCUCAGGAUGCCCCUGCUUCUGCCAUCCCUGCACAUCUGGAGCUCACAGACCAGAGCGGCGGGGUCCCCAGGGAAACCGUGGCCAAGCCCAUGCAGCGUUGCCCCAGGAUGUUGACCGAGGGCAGCCAGGCCAGCCACCCCCAGACUCACAGCACUCUGGCCUCAGGGUCCCCUCGGAAACAGCCAGGGCAUCAGGAUGGCAGUUCACCAGCCAAAACUGUGGGCCGGUUCUCCGUAGUCAGCACUCAGGAUGAGUGGACCUUGGCCUCCCCCCACAGCCUGCGGUACUCAGCCCCGCCUGACGUGUACCUGGAGGAGGGGCCCCACAGCCCUGACGUGAAGCUGGCCCUGCGACGUGUGCAAACGGCUUCCUCCAUUGAGGUCGGUCCUGGUGAGCCUGUGUCCAGUGACUCUGGGGAUGAGUGCCCACGCAGGAGACGCCCUGUGCUGAAGCAUGGCUCCCUGCCUGGCAGCGGUGGCAGUGUGGCUAGUGACUUUGUGAAGAAGGCCACGGCCUUUCUGCACAGGUCCUCAAGGGCUGGCUCUCCAGGCCCCGAGACACCCAGCAGGAUGGGUGUGAAGGUCCCCACCAUCAGUGUGACCUCCUUCCACUCCCAGUCAUCCUACAUAAGCAGUGAUAAUGACUCAGAGAUUGAGGAUGCCGACAUCAGGAAGGAGCUGCAGAGUCUGCGAGAGAAACACCUGAAGGAGAUUUCAGAGCUGCAGAGCCAGCAGAAGCAAGAGAUCGAAGCCCUGUACCGCCGCCUGGGCAAGACCCUGCCCCCCAACCUGGGGCUUUUUCAUACAGCGCCCCCUGCCGGCCGCCGGAGAAAGACCAGCAGGAGCAAGCUGAAGGCUGGGAGGUUGCUGAACCCGCUGGUACAGCAACUCAAGGUUGUGGCCUCCAGUACAGGUCAUUUGUCAGACUGCAACAGAGCCCCUCCUGCUAAGGACCCCACCAAAGCCGGGGCGGGGCCCGCAGCAGCUUCAGACCCGUGUGGAAAGGCAGUUCAGACCCAGCAGCCUUGCUCUGUUCGGGCCUCCUUGUCUGCAGACAUCUGCUCCGGCUUAGCCAGUGACGGAGGCGGAGCACAUGGCCCAGGCUGGACGGUUUGCCACCCAACGUCUGAGAGAGUGACCCAUAAGUCUAGUAGCAAACCUCGCGCUCGAUUCCUCAGUGGACCCGUGUCUGUGUCCAUCUGGUCUGCCUUGAAGCGUCUCUGUCUAGGCAAAGAGCACAGCAGUCGGUCCUCCACCAGCAGCCUGGUCCCAGGCCCCGAGCCAGGCCCUCCACCUGCCCUGCAUGUCCAGGCUCAGGUGAACAACAGCAACAACAAGAAGGGCACUUUCACGGAUGACCUGCACAAGCUGGUGGACGAAUGGACCAACAAGACAGUGGGGGCUUCGCAGCUGAAGCCAUCGCUCAACCAGCUGAAGCAGACACAGAAGCUGCAUGACAUGGAGGCGGUGGCUGGCUGGCCCCUGACCUCUGGCGAGGUGCAGGCUAUGAACACACCUCGAGCAGCAGUGGGGACACCAUGUCUGGCUCUGGCGUCCGGCCCUCUACCGACCACGGUCAUUCCUGGAACUGCCCUGGCCCUGCCUGUGCACACACCAGAUUCUGAGAGUGAGAAGCCCAACUGAGCCCCGGCUGGGUGACCUGACCCAGACGCCAGGCCCUGUGUCGUCAUGCAGAGAAGGCGAGUCUGCGCCUCGUGUCAGUUCACACUGUUUUGUAACCACUUUCUAAGCAUUUUUUAAAUUCACAAUUGGAAACACAAAUGUAACACAACAAUAAAAGUAUUUUGGGGGAAAAA